AUGGAUAGACGUACCCCAUACACAUUGAGCGUGCUCGAGUCGAGCGCCAACGGUGUCGAUGACUCGCGCUCAUUCACACAAGCUCGACUGAGAGAUUUUGUCCUUCAGUUUCAGUUGGACAAUGCAUUCAUUUACCGCGAUCAACUCCGCCAUAAUGUCCUUGGCAAGAAUUAUUAUUGCGAUAUUGAUAUCGCCCAUCUCAUUUCAUAUAACGAGGAUUUGGCGCACAAGCUCACGUCCGAGCCCGCGGAUAUCAUCCCACUGUUCGAGGCCGCGCUAUUGGAAUGCACAAAGCGCAUCGUUUUCCCCGGCCAGCAAGAUAUCACGCUACCGUCCCACCAACUUCUUCUUCAUUCUUCCGCGACCCACAUUUCCAUCCGAGACCUGAAUGCCACCAAUGUCUCCCACCUUGUUCGAAUCCCUGGCAUCGUGAUCGGAGCAUCCACCAUCUCCUCGAAGGCUACCACAGUUCACAUUCGCUGCAAGAACUGCGAUCACAGCGAAAACAUUAUCGUCGACGGAGGCUUCUCAGGCCUUUCAUUACCUCGGCAGUGCGGUCGCCCCAAAGUACCCGGCGAUCAACCCGACGAGAAAUGUCCUCUCGACCCUUAUGUCGUGCACCACGAAAAAUGUCAAUUUGUGGAUCAGCAGGUUCUCAAGCUCCAAGAAGCCCCUGAUCAGGUACCCGUUGGAGAAUUGCCCCGUCAUGUCCUGAUCUCUGCCGACCGGUACUUAGCCAACCGCGUGGUUCCUGGCUCGCGCUGCACCGUGAUGGGAAUAUUUUCCAUCUACCAAGCAAAGGGCGGCAAAAAGGAAGCCGCGGUGGCGAUCCGUAACCCUUAUAUCCGCGCUGUGGGCAUCAACACCGACGUUGACCAGACCGCCAAGGGCAAUUCAGUGUUCAGCGAGGAGGAAGAGCAGGAAUUUUUAGAGCUCAGCCGACGUCCCGACCUAUACGAAGCACUUGCCCGCAGCAUUGCCCCAUCAAUCUACGGAAACGUGGAUAUCAAAAAGGCCAUCGUGUGCUUGCUUAUGGGCGGAUCUAAAAAGAUCCUCCCCGAUGGUAUGAAGCUGCGUGGUGAUAUCAACGUGCUCAUGCUUGGUGAUCCCGGUACCGCCAAGUCUCAACUGUUGAAGUUCGUCGAGAAGGCUGCUCCCAUCGCCAUUUACACCUCCGGAAAGGGCUCCUCAGCGGCUGGUCUGACGGCCUCGGUCCAGCGAGACCACACCACCCGCGAGUUCUACUUGGAAGGUGGUGCCAUGGUGCUGGCCGACGGAGGUGUGGUCUGUAUUGACGAGUUUGACAAGAUGCGUGACGAGGACCGAGUGGCGAUUCACGAAGCUAUGGAACAACAAACCAUCUCCAUUGCCAAGGCCGGUAUCACGACGAUUCUUAAUUCCCGAACUUCGGUCCUGGCCGCCGCCAAUCCGAUUUUCGGCCGUUACGAUGACUUAAAGACUCCCGGGGAAAACAUUGACUUCCAGACAACUAUCUUGUCUCGUUUCGAUAUGAUUUUCAUUGUUCGUGACGAUCACGAGCGCGGACGGGAUGAGCGGAUUGCUCGGCACGUCAUGGGCGUGCACAUGGGUGGUCGUGGUGUCGAAGAGCAAGUCGAGGCAGAAAUCCCCGUCGAGCAGAUGAAGCGAUACAUCAGCUACUGUCGCAGCCGAUGCGCUCCUCGUCUGUCUCCCGAAGCCGCCGAAAAGCUUUCCUCUCACUUUGUGUCGAUUCGUAAGCAGGUGCACCGUGCCGAGCUCGAGUCCAACACUCGCUCUUCAAUCCCCAUCACCGUCCGUCAGCUGGAGGCGAUUGUCCGAAUCACCGAGUCUCUGGCGAAAUUGUCGCUCUCCCCCAUCGCCACGGAGGCUCACGUUGACGAAGCGAUCCGUCUCUUCCUGGCGUCUACCAUGGAUGCCGUGACGCAAGGAGAGGGCCAAGGCAGCAAAGAGCUCAUGGAAGAAGCGACCAAGAUUGAAGACGAGCUGAAGCGUCGCCUUCCUUUGGGCUGGAGCACCAGUUUGGCGACCCUCCGCCGUGAAUUCGUGGACGGGAAGGGAUACACCGAGCAGGCGCUGAAUCGGGCUCUGGUGGUCCUGCAACGGCGGGAGACGGUACAGAUCCGUUCCGGCGGCUCGCAGAUCUACCGCAAUCGACCCUGA